AUGACCAACGGCAACUGCAGAUCCAACCAUUCCAACGGUUCCGGUGGAGCCAUGGACAAUACCAUGUUGUGCAUGAGGCGAUCCGCCAUGCAACGAGAGAGCUUUACAACUGUGCCAACCACUCUGAGUGGGCAUCCUCUAUCGGCACCUCCAUUGACCACCAAGGCAGAACGAGAUGAGCAACACCGAAGAUUCCUUGUCAAUGUCUUGGAACAAGCACUGGCGCUUUUGGAUGAUGAAGAUGAUCAGUUCUGA